UCAUGUAUGUUCUAAACAACGUGGACUUACUUAUGUUAACUAAAAAUUUCCGCAACAAUGGUGCGGGCGUCAUCUAGUUCGAUAAGUGUGAGGGCAACCGUUUUUUGUUUUCGGUAAAGCAACAGCACGACAGUGGACAUCACCAGCACAGGCAGGGUACUUGGCAGUUUACCCGAAUCGACGGACGCUGUCGCAUCGUACGCCACCAUGGCGGCCAGGGCAGGUAGACCGUGAGAGUGAAGACGCGCGUCGUCUCCGCUGCACGCUGGCCUCGGCCUGCCGCCUGAUUCCGAACUUCCAUCCAACUCCAACUGCCUCUCUUCUCCGCGACCCACCGUCUUCCGGCUUCCCGCGUCCAUAGCGAAACGAGCCCAAGCGCCCAACCCGUCCCAGUUGUACCGCCUCCCGUGUCCCCUCCCCAGGCUCCCCUCCGCUGCCCUCACCCACUAGCCCCUAUACUACCUCCUCGCAACAGCCGCGACCGACAGGCUCACCCCGGCCUGAUCCCAGAGGAAUGCGGCGAGAUGCGGCCAUCGCGCCCGCGGCGGAAGUUGGGAGCGCCGAAGCGGUGGUUAUCGACGUCGACCGAGCGCCAGCGGCGGCAACCGUCGACGUCGACGCAUCCGCCCACGGCGUGGCUUGCCGGAUCUGCCACCUCAGCCCCGAAGGCGGCGACGAGCCGGCGGCGGCGGCGGCUGGUGGGUCGGAAGUGAUCCGGCUCGGAUGCGGCUGCAAGGAGGAGCUCGGCGCCGCGCACCGCCAAUGCGCCGAGGCAUGGUUUAGGAUCAAGGGCGAUAGGCGCUGUGAAAUUUGUGGUUCAGAUGCCAAAAACAUUACUGGGUUGGAAGUGAAAAAGUUCAUGGAGGAGUGGCAUGGGAGAAGAAUGGCAAAUACCACAACUACGGUGGAGAGGGAAAGUACUUGCUGGAGGCGGCAGCCGUUUUGUAAACAUGGACUCUUUGAUCGAGUCCUAUUGAUACAUGAACUCCUCCAUGAGUCUUGCUGGUACACCUAUCUUAUACGCAUCAUUACCUUUAGAUCAUGCAGAUCUGUCUAGAUUAUUAUAAUUCUUCUUUUGUGAGGAUGGGAUUCAUAUAAUUUAGUCUCCGCAUGUGAUCGUGUCGCCAUUAAGCUUAUUUCCGGCUAACAUUGUUCCUUGUGCAUGAGCAUUGAACAUAUAGGUUGAAUCCAAAGAUGUGUGGCUUAGGGGCCUAGGGGGUAUCUGAAGUUAGUUGCACAGGCAAGAAAGUUGUAGGAAAAUAAUAAUGAAUGAAUAAUACUUCCACAAUACAUCAGGACUAAAUUGGCAGAUUUUUUUAAUUCCCUGUGUUGCUCUCAUGGUCAUUAGCGCAUCUUUUUUGAAGAUAGCAUGCUUUGCUACUAUGACUUGCUUUAUUUAUUCUAUCUCUUGCUUUAUUUAUUCUAUCUCCACUGCUGACAUGGGCAGCAAGAUUUUCCAUUUCGUGAUAGUGAGGUAUAGUUAGUACAUCUUAUCCAUAUUGAACACCAUCUUGCUUCCCAAAGAUUUGGACUCAGGUAAAUAUUUUAUGGGCAAUGUGCAACAUUUUCCAAACCUUACAUAAGCUUGAUUACUUUAUUUUACUCCCUUUUCUCGACCGAAGGAGACAGGCUCCCAAUUUGUUGUUGAAAAGAUUACUUUAUAUUUACUCCCUUUUGACUAAUCAUUUUUCUUUUUAGAGAAACCAUGGGUAAUUUUUGUUGUGAACAACCUAGUUACAGGUUUGCAUCCUUUUGCUAUCAUACACCAGAUAGAUUCUUUUUACCAUAUGUGCGUAUCAGGACGUACAAGUUCAAAAGAAGGGUCAUGAAGAGAAAUCUUGUCGAUGAUGAUAUAUGUAAGAGUAUCUGCUGCAAAAAAAUAUGGGGUUCUUUCCAUAGUUCAUCAUGUCUCAUAGAUGUAGUUUGUGCACAGUGAAAAGGCUAGAACUAUCUGCCACCUGCCAUUAGAUCUGUGAAAUAAUUUAACCACAGGUAGACCAUUUUUUACUUGCAUGAUACAGUUGAAUCUGGUCCGUAUACUUCAGUAUGUUGUUGGUCAAAAGUACUGCUGACUGUAGAAAAUUAAGUGCAUUGUUGAAAGGAGCAGAAUAAGAGAAAUUUUGAUUGGAUGGGUUAUAACCAUUUCAAUUCGCUUAUCAUGUAGGAGCAUUGCCCAGGCUCGAGCUAGUUAAAGGAUGACAUGAACUGAAAAUGGAAGAACAAGGAUAAACUGAGUUCUCAGGCAGCUUGCAGUGCUACUUUAACUUCAAUUCAGCUUGUUUUGAACUGGAAUGCAGCUCCUGCAUAAAUUUUACUAUUUUUCUUUACAAUUUACGCAAAAUGGCAACAGGUAGUGUAUCAAUCCCUUGAAGAACAGCCAUUAUGAACACACCAAGGUUCCAUGAACGCAGGGAACUCACACUAAAUAUAAGGCACAUAAUCUUCACAUUUAUAAAGAUCUGAGUUGGUGGUCGCGAGUUCACUCUAACAAGACUAUCUCUUAAAGGCCAUGGAAUCAUCUAA